UCUCUAAACGACGUCGUCGUUGUCAAGUUGUUUCGCGUGUGUCUGUCGCGCUCAAGAUUAGAUCGCGCGCGCUCGUUCGUUCGUCCACCGGAAGUGGUUGCGUACUUGGAGUGAAGAAUUGUGCAAGAAAAAAGGGAGUCCCGCGUCCAGAUGAUCGGUGAAGAGGUGACGGGAAGUGACCGGAAGCGGUUUUUGGAUUAAGCGAGGGUAUUCUGAGAGGAUCGAAAUGUACAACUCUUGGCGACUUGCAAGUGCCAGCUUGUGAACCUGUGAAGUUGAGACGUCUGGAAGGGAAGCAAAGAGUCAGUGGGAAUUCGGGAAGUGACUGUGAAGUGAAAUCCGGCAAAGUGUGCAGUUUAGUGACGCCGCAGCUCGCGGGCCCUCCUGGCUGCAGCAGCACCCUGGAACCGGAUCACGUCAAGAUCCUGUCCUCGGUGUCGUCUUCGUCGGCCACCGGAAGUUACCAGCACCAGUACCUCCAGCCGCCACCGUCCAGUAUUAGCAGCAACAACAAUUACCUGAACAUCAACCAUAACCACCAGCAGUCAGCAUCCGCGGCCAUGGUCCUGCAAAGCUACGACGUGUCCCUCCAGGACGGGGCCAACGUGUCCCCGUAUGCCGGCGACUACGCUCCGUCCUCCCUGCUGGCUUCGGCCAACUACUACCCCGACCUGGACAGCAGCAACCUGUACCACUACCACAGCCAUCACCAGCAACUGCACAGCCAUCACCAAGGUUACACGUCCCUCCACGAUCGCAGCAAUAGCUCUCCCCCGCCACUGGGCCAGCAAUCGUCCAGCAACCAGCAGCAGCAGCAGCACUCCGGAAGUUCCGGUGGUGGAGGUGGCGGAGGAGGAGGCGGCGGUGGCAAUAGUAAUAACAUCAGUACCAGCACAAACAACUCAUCAUCCUCCGCAAACAACAGCAGCAGCACCACCACCAGCAACAGCAUGUCCUCGUAUCUGAGCUCGAUGGCGGCGGCGGCGGCCCGGAGUGCGGCCAACAACAGCAGCAGCAGCAGUAGCGGCAACUACUCGAGCAGCAACAGUGCAAACACCCCGUCGACGACCUCCUCCAGCGGCGGCAACCACCCGCAGAUGAAGGAAGAGCACGAGCCGAACAGCUUCAUCAACAUCGAUGAUCUUCCGAACUUUGGCGUCGUGCCGGGUCACUACGAGGACCAGGACCAGUACCACUCGCUGCCCCAGCCGGAGACGCAAACGCCCAGCCACGGCUACCUGGAGAACAGUCCGGAGUUUUACUCGGCGAUCCAGAUGGAGCAGAAGUACAUGGCGCCGCACUACAAGAGCGGUCCGUACACGAGCCGGGGCGGCCGGUACCACCAGCCGCAUCAUCACAGUGGGGGGUCGACGGCGACGGCCGGUGCGGGCACCGGUUCGCAAAACAGUCACAGCCACCACGGAGGACACGGGGGUCACGCCAGCAGUCAGCACCAUCACCAUCCGCACCACGACGGGUACCACGAGUACAGCUCGCCGUACGACACGCCGCCGUUCCAGACCGUGCCGAGUAAUACGACGUCACCGCAGGGCAGCACGGGGAACAACAACAAUGACAGUACGGGCCUGGGGGGACACUUGGAUCCGUGGAGCCAGCUGCACGGUCAUCCGGGUCAACAUCCGGGACAUCCGGGUGCGCAUCCGUCCCUGCUGGACUUCCAGCAUCCGGCGUACAUGGGCACUACGAUGGGCUUCGACAAGACCAUGCUCGGAACGUACGGUGCGCAGGGUGGAGCGCCCUGCUUCACCGGUUCCGGCCCCAUCCAGCUGUGGCAGUUUCUGCUGGAGCUGCUCACCGACAAGACCUGCCAGAACUUUAUCUCCUGGACCGGCGACGAGUGGGAGUUCAAGUUGACCGAUCCGGAUGAGGUUGCUCGCCGAUGGGGCGUCAGGAAAAACAAGCCAAAAAUGAACUACGAGAAGCUGAGCCGAGGCCUGCGGUACUACUACGAUAAGAACAUUAUCCACAAGACCGCCGGCAAGCGCUACGUGUACCGCUUCGUAUGUGAUCUACAGACUCUGCUAGGAGGCCAAAGACAUGCAGCUGAUCGAAGACGCUUUCAACGAGUACCACAGCAAGACGUGCGUCCGAUUUAAGCCGCGAAUGGGCGAAAAGGACUACAUCUCGAUCGAGAGCUCCCAGAGCGGCUGCUGGUCCAGCGUGGGCCGCAUCGGUGGCAAACAGGAAGUGAACCUGCAGAUGCCGGGCUGCACCACCAAGGUCGGCACGAUCGUGCACGA